AUGACACAUCAACUUCCUCAAGGUGCUGGUUACGCCAUUGUUGUGGGGCUUGGCCUCGUCUUUGCUGCGGCUAUGAUCUUAACUACCUUCAUUCUUAGAAGGUACCAAAGGGAGAUCAUUACUUCUGAAGAAUUCUCUACUGCAGGCCGUUCUGUUGAAACAGGUUUGAUUGCCGCAGCCGUUGUCUCUUCGUGGACAUGGGCUGCUACCUUACUUACCUCUUCGACCCAAGCCUAUAAAUACGGGGUUUCCGGUCCUUAUUUCUAUGCUGCGGGUGCAUGUGUUCAAGUUAUUCUCUUUGCGUUUUUGGCUAUUAAAGCCAAGCAAAAGGCACCAGAGGCUCACACUUACUUGGAAAUAGUAAAGGCUCGUUAUGGUGGUGCAGUGCAUGGUGUUUUCAUUUUCUUUGCCAUUGUUACCAACAUUCUAGUGACGUCGAUGCUUUUGACAGGUGGUAGUGCUACGAUCAACGAUUUGACCGGAAUGAACACCACUGCAUGCAUUUUCUUACUUCCAUUGGGAGUUAUGGUUUAUACCUUAUUUGGUGGUAUCAAAGCUACCUUUUUAACAGAUUAUAUUCACACGAUCGCCAUUAUUGUGAUCAUUAUGACAUUUGCAUUCACUGCUUAUGCCACCUCUUCUAAAUUGGGGUCUCCUGGCAAAGUUUGGGAGCUUGUCACUGCAGCAGGUCAGGCUCACCCUGUAUCUGGUAAUGCAGAGGGAUCAUAUUUGACAAUGCAUUCACGUUCAGGUGGUAUUUUUUUCGUUAUUAAUAUUGUUGGUAACUUCGGAACGGUCUUUUUGGAUAAUGGUUACUGGAACAAGGCUAUUGCUUCUUCUCCAGCAUCAGCUUUACCUGGUUAUGUUCUUGGAGGUUUAUCGUGGUUUGCAAUUCCUUGGUUGACAGCUACCACCAUGGGAUUAGCCUGUAUUGCCUUAGAAUCGGACCCUUCAUUUCCUUCUUACCCUCAAAGACUAUCUUCCGAAGACGUCUCGGCCGGUUUGGUGCUUCCAACUGCUGCCGUCGCUAUUAUGGGUAAAGGUGGUGCGGUGGCCACACUUUUCAUGGUAUUUAUGGCUGUUACCUCUGCAAUGUCCGCAGAAUUGAUCGCCGUCUCUUCCAUUGUCUCCUAUGAUAUCUACAAGGGCUACAUUAAUCCUAAGGCUUCGGGCAAGAAUAUUAUUGUCGUUUCGCACGCCAGCGUGAUAUUCUUUUCUGUGGCUAUGUCUGGAUUAUCUACAGGUUUCUGGUAUGCUGGAAUCUCUAUGACAUACCUUUACCUUCUCAUGGGAGUUAUUAUAUCUGCUGCCGUGGUUCCUGCUUCUUUAACUUUGCUUUGGAAACAGCAGAAUGCUAUUGCUGCCGGCGUUUCUCCUGUUCUAGGUACCAUUCUUGCCCUUAUGUCCUGGUUAGUUUGCACCCACUCUGAAUACGGUGAGAUUAACGUCGUAACCUCUUCAGAGGAUAAUCCUAUGCUUACAGGUAAUGUAGUCGCCUUACUCUCACCGCUUGUGUUUGUUCCAAUUUUAACCUAUAUUUUCAAACCUCAAAACUUCGACUGGGAGAUUUUGAAGAAUAUCAAGCGAGUGGAUGAGACCGAAGAGAUUGAAAAGGCUAUAUCUUCUCCUGAAGAGGAUCUAGAAUCUUCCGAGGAUGCAGAGAAUGCCAACGGAGAGCCAGAGAAAUUGCUGCCGAUCACUUCGAAGAUGGAAAGUCUUAUUAAAACCAUGAGUACCAGCCAUAGGGAGAUCUAUAGGGCCAAAAUGGAAGAAGAGCAUCUCCGUAUAGCCUCGAAAAAGGCUGGGUAUCUCUGCAUGUUCCUUGCCAUUGCGCUUUUGGUAGUUUGGCCUAUGCCUAUGUAUGGUAGUAGCUAUAUCUUCUCGAGGAAGUUUUUCACGGGUUGGGUCGCGGUGGGCAUUAUAUGGAUCUUCUUUUCAGGAUUUAGUGUGAUCAUUUUCCCAUUAUUCGAGGGAAGGAAUGGUAUCUACACAUCGUUGCGUGGUAUCUACUGGGAUCUUUCUGGUCAGACUCACAAGCUCAGAGAAUGGCAAGAGAGUAAUCCAGACAAAUUGCAUGUCGUUCAGAGCCAGGUAUCCAUGGAAGCACGUAGAAGUGCUCAACUUAUGGAUGCUGACAAUAUCCAGGAACUCGAUGAGGUGUUGAAAUAA